AUGAUGUCCAGUGUCGAUCUACGUCGGGGGACGGUGAGAUGGAGUCGCCGAUGUGCCGAAGUCCAGUACGCUACCUCACUUGCCCUGCUACUCGUCAGCUUGCUCCCGUCGGCAUACAGCAGUCCCGUGUUCCCGUUCACAUCGUUUCAAGCUAGCAGAAACCUUCGACAUCUUCCCUGUGUGGUACGGAGCACUGGCGAUGAAGGCAUUUGCAUGUUUGCUAUCGAUUGCUUUAAGUCCAACGGUACGCAUCUGGGCGUGUGCAUCGACAAAAUAUUCUUCGGAUCGUGCUGUCAGGUCAAUGAUGAUCGGUUGCUCUUCGAUCCAGACAUAACGGAUAACAGCAUAGAUCACAAUUCGGCCGGUACCUUCCAACAUUUCCCACAAUCCUCUCUAAUGAACACGCACAGAAAACCACCACUGACGGAAACGCGUUUACCAACAACCGCGGCGAGCAACGGGACCAAGUACGAACUACUCAGUACCUCUACGACUACUAGACGAACGACUGCAAAGAACAAUCGACGCACAACUAGUACCGUACGAACAACGAAAGCUCCUUUAAAGGUCCAGCAAAAAGACGAUAUGCAGACGACUACGGAGUAUCAAGAGUUCACAACGUUUCAGUACGUACAAAGCAGCAAGAAUCCUGCUGGCAGUCAAUCAACAUCCACAACGACUGGCGGAGUGAGCAAACGUCCUGCUGCACGACCCAGCAGUCCUAGUUUAGUUACGCACGAUAACCGAACUUCAACCAUCAGAACAACGACUCCUAAGCCUUACAAAAAUCGUCGUCCUACAGCUAAUAAGACGACAACAGUACGACCACCGAACCGACGACCUCCUCAACCGCUAACGACAACCACGGAUAUUCCAACCACGAUUCUGCCCUCAACGACUAGGAAAGUGCCCGCCCAGAACACAAGACAACCAACGACUUCAGCUACCAUUGCAUCCCGUAAGCCACCCAGUUCGAUUGCCGCUUCACAAACGCAAACCACCUUUGCCUCGAGACGGCCAACGACGACUCACCAAUCUUCACCGAAGACCGAAUCAACAACGCCUUCCGUGACGUAUUCUCGUCGACCAACGACAACGCCUUUGUUGGUGCCUUUAACAAAACCGACAUCAAACCGAAGACGACCUACCACUACCACGACCACAUCAACGACGCAGACGACGACGACUCCCAUUGAUACAACUCGUGCUCCCCGACCUAGACCUAAGCCAACGUCACAGGUUGCAACCGUACCGGCUACCUCGUUAGAUCACCUGAUCGAGACGAACUCUGCCAGCUCUGUAAUCAACUCCAGUGCUGCUGCUGUACCAAGCAGUACCACUAGAUCGACCUAUCCAGCGACAACCAUCAAAGUGACGCAACCCACUACACCAACGCCCACUCCCACACCAGCUUCUUCCACCAAGAGAACCACUCAAUCUGAACCAUCCGUACAAACAUCGACUGUAAAGAUGCCAGAAUCUUCCCUGGAGCUAGGUGAUACCGCUGACCUUGCUACACUCUCCCGACCCGGUCUUGUCACGUGGACAAGCAUUCUCGAAGACACACCCACGGAGCGUCCCACUGUGAAUCAAGGCCCGACCACUUCCAACAGCUGGAUACUCAUUCAGACACUAACCCCCGAAGAGGUCAUUGCUAGUAAUCAAACUAACCAGCAUGAACCAUCAACCUCCUCCACUCACAUACCACCAGCAUCCGUCGAGGUGUCCUUCUCGCAGGACACCAAGCUACCGAUCGAAUCGCUUCUUCCGGAAGCGGCUUACGUGUACAAUACGGUUCAAGAGGAACCUGCUCAAAACGUUCUCCUGUUGCCUGACGCACUCUCGGUACAUUCGCAAGUAACGUCCACUUUACGAACACCCGGACAGACAGAUGGUGUAUCCUUGGAGGUACAGGCAAAGACCACGGAGAGUCCCAUUGUCAGUACCGGUAGCUCCACCAAACAAAGUACGAUAGCUCCUGUAAGCACCACGGUCCGACAUUCAUCCAUCGUGCUGUCGACAACGGACAGUCUUACCGUCGUAACUGGACAAGGAUCAGUCUCUUCCAGUGUCGCGGUAGAGAUAACCGAAUCGCUUGAAACGACACCAACUAUCGUGACGUCGACCAUCGCUUCAUCCACACCGACUACGACGAUUCCUCCCGCGAGUGCUGCUUCGACUCAUUUUACAUCCACCGUCGCACCGACAUUAACGACCAGUGAUAUGUUUGCGAGCGUAUCCGAACAGACAUCAUCAGCAUCUAGUGAGGAAUCUGGCACAUCGUCUACUACCGAUGGUUGGUCGUCUUCCAAACGACCUAUCGACACGACGUCCACCACGGAAACAAUGCUCGUCCGUGAGACCACAACUGAGGCUGCUGAGGAGUCGAUCGAAAGCGCAACGGAGGGCAGCGGAGAGGAAGAGUCCGGCAGUGGUAGCGAGGAAGGAUCCAGUGAGGAAGAAGAGGAAGAAGGGGAAGAGGAAGGAACUGAUGAAAGUGAAGAAACUACCGAUGCUACCACAGCCUCGGUCGAGAACGUUACCGACUCCCUGAGCAAGUUGACGAACGAAAGCACCACAGUGAUGUCUUCCACCGUCGCAAGCUCUUCGGCACCGCAAAGCACAACAGUGUCCUCGACCUCGACAUCUCUCGAGCCCAACACUAUGACAGCAUCAACCUUGUCACCGGUUUCGAUCUCUGCCGGCAUGACGAGCCCAGGCUCAUCCUCAUCGGUGCAUUCAACGACGUCAGGCAACACGACGACAGCAUUACCACUGCCACCUGCCACCCAGUCGAACCGAGACCCAACUACCGAGGGCACGACGACCGGCAUGCCCAUCAAGUUCCCUGAGCAUCCUGCCAGCAAUCAGACGGCGCUUCCGACAACGACCACACUGGCGAUGCUCGCCAACGUAACCACGGACGGAGUAACGUUGGCACCCGACUUCCUAACCACCUCCACCCUGCCAACCCUCGAGGGCAUUGAUUAUCGAUCGGUGUGCGGCAAACGGAUGUUCCCCGAGCCGCGUAUCGUCGGUGGUACCAAGGCAGCGUUUGGCCGUUGGCCCUGGCAAAUCUCGCUGCGUCAGUGGAGAACGUCCACCUAUCUGCACAAGUGCGGUGCGGCACUGCUGAACGAAAACUGGGCCAUUACAGCUGCCCACUGUGUUGACAAUGUACCGCCGUCGGAUCUGUUGCUGCGGUUAGGCGAGUACGAUCUGGCAUUGGAGGAGGAACCCUACGGUUAUCAGGAGCGCCGGGUGCAGAUCGUCGCCUCCCAUCCACAGUUCGAUCCACGAACGUUCGAAUAUGAUCUGGCACUUUUGAGAUUCUACGAACCGGUGAUUUUCCAACCGAACAUCAUUCCCGUCUGCGUGCCGGAGAACGAUGAGAACUUCAUCGGCCGAACAGCAUUCGUUACCGGGUGGGGUCGUCUCUACGAAGAUGGGCCACUGCCGAGCGUGCUACAGGAGGUUACCGUGCCGGUGAUCGAGAACAAGAUCUGUGAAACGAUGUACAGAAGCGCCGGUUACAUUGAGCACAUUCCACACAUUUUCAUCUGUGCCGGUUGGAAGAAGGGAGGAUACGACUCUUGUGAAGGUGAUUCCGGUGGUCCGAUGGUAAUUCAACGCCCAGACAAGCGGUUCCUGCUCGCCGGUGUCAUUUCCUGGGGUAUCGGAUGCGCGGAACCAAAUCAACCCGGUGUUUAUACAAGGAUAUCCGAGUUCCGAGAUUGGAUCAAUCAGAUUCUACAGUUUUAAACGCACCAGCCCCGCAAACCGUGCGGUGAUAAACGGACAAAACAUAUGCAGUAGCCAUGCACUACUCGUUUGGUGUACAGAUCCUUGGAACAGUGCGCUUCGGAAGACUUACAAUUUGGUCGAUCUGAUCCAGAUCAGCCUGGUCAACUCUCGGCAGUUGAGCGUGUAGUUGUUGAUGUUUGAUAAUUUGUUUACUAAUAGCAUUCAGUUUUAUAAGGUGCCGUUUUGAUCAUCGAUCUGCCAGCGGAACAGCUCGAUCCCAUCGCUCGAUCGAUGACCCACUGGCAGGUGGAUCGUCGACACAGCAAACUCGAUGGCGGGUGCAUCUUCUUUUUUUUUUGGGGUGGCACGGUAAAGUUUAGAGGAAAUUGCGUUAAGUUAUUCUCCCGUCCCGAAGUUUUGCUCAAAGCAUCCACAACCCAGUGAGUUCAAGGACACUCGUGAAGGUAUUAUUUAAUUGCAAGCGGUGGUAGACACUGCAGUCGUUACAAACACACAGCAAGCUGUACGCAUUUCGAUUACAAAUGCUCAUUAGGGUCACACACACACAGUAACUUUAACCUAGCACAAGAAAAGAAGGAAACAAGACAGUAGUAGAGUACGCCGGUUUUAAUAAAAGUACGUUGUGAUAAAUCAAUGCAUCAUCGCAAGCAUUGCAACUGAACGUCAGCGGGAUCAGUGCACUUGUGCUGCACGGGAUGAGUGAUGCGAACCUAGAGUUACGACAGUUAUCGGUAGUUAGACACUAUUUUUACAAGUAAAGUACAUGAUGUUACAUGGUAAGAGGUCUUUAUUUAUUUAUUUAUAUGCCGCUAGAUACACUUG